GCUGCGCGAACCCACAUAAACAAUAUUUACUAUCCGCUUUUGUCUCUGUGAAGCGGAUGUAUAUCUCAGGAAAAAAGUGCGCGCAACGAGGCAUAAUAUGAGCCCAUUGCAGUGAACCUAUCUAUUGGCGGAAGGAUUCACACGCGCGGAACGGGGAGGGUUUAAAGGAGGAAGGAAGCCAUCUUGGAGCUUCGAGUCUGAAAACGAACGGAGAGGAAACAAAAAAGAAAAAAAUAUAUAUAGUCAUUGUACGAAAAACAAACUGCGAGAUACGACUGACAAAAAAAUCGGACAACGCGGUGUCGAGGAUUCAGAAGGGCCGCGUGAUUUCAUUGAAAGAACUAUAUAUCGUCUUUAGUCCAAGGCUUUUUUUUUUUUUUUUAUAAAGGAAAUUUGAUUUGAUGCAUCAAAGCAAGUGAUUUCACAGUUCAGACUUAAACAAGGACAAGCACUUGCUUGUGUUGCAAUAAGGACUCAUAUAUUGAGCAAGACUUUAUCUCUUCAUUUUGAAGAGUUCAAUAAACUGUUAUUACAGUCUCUGUACUGACUUUCAAACUUUGAAGUUGGAAGAAACUUUCAAAGGGACAAUUUAAAGGAAAACAAAAUGAGCACCGCCAGAACAGAGAACCCUGUUUUAAUGGGUCUGUCCAGCCAGAAUGGGCAGCUGAGGGGCCCAGUGAAACCCAGCGUAGGGACUGCAGGUGGGGGAACACAGACGCAACAAAUAAACCAGCUGAAAAAUGCCAGCACAAUCAAUAAUGGAAGUCAACAGCAAGCACAGAGUAUGAGCAGCGGUAUAAAACCUGGUGAUGACUGGAAGAAAACGUUGAAACUCCCUCCAAAAGAUCUUAGAAUAAAGACUUCGGACGUCACCUCCACAAAAGGCAAUGAGUUUGAAGACUAUUGUUUAAAACGAGAGCUGCUCAUGGGAAUUUUUGAAAUGGGAUGGGAGAAACCAUCUCCAAUUCAGGAGGAGAGCAUUCCCAUUGCAUUGUCUGGUAGAGAUAUUUUGGCUAGAGCUAAGAAUGGAACUGGCAAAAGUGGAGCCUACCUCAUUCCCUUACUUGAACGGCUAGAUCUAAAGAAGGACUGCAUACAAGCAAUGGUGAUUGUACCGACACGAGAACUGGCUUUACAAGUCAGUCAGAUCUGCAUCCAAGUCAGCAAGCACAUGGGAGGUGUUAAAGUCAUGGCAACAACUGGGGGAACAAACCUACGUGAUGAUAUAAUGAGGCUAGAUGACACAGUACAUGUGGUGAUAGCUACUCCUGGGAGGAUUCUUGAUCUCAUAAAAAAAGGUGUAGCCAAAGUAGACCACAUCCAGAUGAUCGUUUUGGAUGAGGCAGACAAACUGCUGUCUCAAGACUUUGUGCAAAUAAUGGAGGAUAUCAUUAUGACGCUACCUAAAAACAGGCAAAUUCUUCUUUACUCUGCCACAUUUCCCCUCAGCGUUCAGAAAUUUAUGUCUUCUCAUUUGCAAAAACCAUAUGAGAUUAAUCUGAUGGAGGAGCUGACACUGAAGGGGGUAACGCAAUAUUACGCCUAUGUGACAGAAAGGCAGAAGGUUCACUGCCUCAACACACUUUUCUCCAGGCUACAGAUAAACCAAUCCAUAAUUUUCUGCAACUCCUCCCAAAGGGUGGAACUACUGGCAAAGAAGAUCUCCCAGUUGGGCUAUUCCUGCUUCUAUAUUCAUGCAAAGAUGAGGCAGGAGCACAGGAACAGAGUUUUCCACGAUUUCCGAAAUGGCUUAUGCCGCAAUCUUGUUUGCACUGACUUGUUUACCCGUGGUAUUGAUAUCCAAGCUGUGAAUGUGGUGAUAAACUUUGACUUUCCAAAGCUGGCAGAGACCUAUCUACAUCGUAUAGGAAGAUCAGGUCGCUUUGGGCACCUUGGCCUUGCCAUAAAUUUGAUCACCUAUGAUGACAGAUUCAACCUUAAAAGUAUUGAGGAACAGCUGGGAACAGAGAUUAAGCCGAUCCCCAGCAGCAUUGACAAGAGCCUAUAUGUGGCUGAAUAUCACAGCGAAUCGGGAGAAGAUAAGCAUUAACUUUCAAGUUCUGCUUCCCGAUGAUGAAGAUGAGAUGUUGACCUGUCAUGCAUCACUUUCUUGAGUUUGUUCCCCACUCAACUGCCUUUUUCUUUUUAAUUCUUCUGGAACAUAAAGCAUAGUUUCAAGUCUGGAAAUCUCCCCCACCCAUCCUUUUAUUUCAAUUUACUCCCAAUGGUGGCACUGCGUGCUCAGAUAGUUGCACUUAAAAGGCUUUUUCAUUUUUAUUACCUGGGGAUAAUAUAUGUACUGGAAAUCCUUUAAGCCAUUGUCUAAGGGAAACCCGUAGCUUGAAUAGUUUCCCUGCUGUUCAGAAGACAAGCCAAGCAGUUUUUUUUGGUUUUUGUUGCAGUCCCCUGGCUGAAAAGUUAAAACAAUUGAAUGCCAGCUUUAGUCAGACUUCCAUUGUGUCCUCAUUGCAUUUUGGAGUCCAUGGUUUGUUUUUUUGUGAUUUUCUUUCUUGCUUUCCCUGUAACCAAACUUUUUACUUGUGCAAAGUGCCUUACGCUAAGACCGUUCAAAAUCACCUUUCCAAUGCUAACAUAAGGAACAAAACAUUAUUUAAAACUGUCCCUCAUUUUAUUGGUUAUAGAGUUAACCCAUGUAAAGCUGGUACAGUAUGGGGAAAACUACCAGUUACAAUUCUUCCAUUUUGUUUUGUUCCACCUUUGUUUCCAUCUGGAAAAAAUCAACUUAUGUUAGUCCCACAACCCUGUAGUAUAAAUCUGUACAUAAAUCUAAACAAGCAAAAAACAAAACCCUGCACCAAUGUCAGAAUAUUUUGGGAGGCUUUUAAGUGAGUUCCAGAUUUUUUUUUUUAUUGCUGUUGCUGGCGCAGAUCAUUGCCCAGGUGAACACUAAAAGCUGUUUGUAUAUUUGUGCCGCCCUGCAGCAGCAUCAUUGAAUUUCAGAUCUUUUCCAAAGCCAUGUCUCCUGCCCUUACAAAGUAUCCGCAUGAAGGGGUGUGGGGAUGAUACUAGAGAAUUUGAUGUGAAUACGUGUAUAAAAAUGUAAAUACUUUACUUUUUUUUGUGUGGGUGGGUUGGGGGUUAUCACUUUUUUCAUCCCUAAAUGAUGGUUUGAUGAGGGAUUGUGGGGUGGGUUAGGACAGCAGCUAAAGAUGAGAGUGGUUCAGCUUAUAGCAGCACUUUGAAGAAAUACUUGCUACGUCAGAUAUUUCAGGUAUCUGACCUGUAUGAAGUGGUUUGCUUGUUUUGGAUUAAAGCAAAAUGAGGGGAUAUUUUGGCACUUUGACUUCCCCGUUCACCCCAAUUUAUUGGACUGGAAAUAAGAGGGGAAAAUGGUAAAAUCUAAAAUGUUUGGCGGUUUUUUAAACACUAAAUUGAUAUAGCAAUGCUUUCGGACCAGCAUUCGUUAAACAAAUACCACUUCAGUUUAGCAAAGUGUUGCUUUGAACUGUGCCUCUCCCAGUGUGCUUGAUGCUUGGCCUUAUCUACAGGCAAAAUGAGUGAGAAGCCAUCUGUUUUUUUUUUCCCCGCUCUUCCCUACCUUUUUUCCCCCCCAAACACUUAAUUGUACCUGGAUUGCAAAGAAUUUCCAUGCUAUGCACUGCAAUUGGAUUUUUCCUAGAAGGAACACACAAACUUUGACCAGGUAAAAUGUACAAGUAUGCAUCCAGGUACAUCCUGAGCACAGGGCGCUAGCAGCUGCUGUGUGAUGGAAAUGUCCACGACACCUAAAACUUCAGAGUUGCUAGAGCACAAUUGGCAUUUUUAUUGUUUUGUUGGGUGGAUGACUUAAUCUAUUUAAUGGAGGGUUACUUUUGCUCUACUACUGAAGGCUUUUUUUAUUGUCUUUGGGAUCAUGGUGCAAUAAAUGAGUUUCCCCACCCAAAGUUGUCAUAUUUACAGAGCACGUCAUCGUGUUCUCUUGCACCACUGCUCCUUUACAUCUGCAGCAACUCUUCAUUUUGAAGGGCAGUGUUUUUAUGCUGGUGCUAAAGCCAUGAUCCUUUAAAAAAAAUUU